CAUCGUAAUCCAAAGAUGACAGCGGCUAUUGAAGAAUGUGGUAUGCUCACCAAAGAGGCAGCGAUCUAUGAGAGCCUUUUGAACGAGUUGAGAAAACUGAGUGAGUUGUUGACCACUAACAUCUGGUGUGCUCAAUGCUACUUUACCCGUCGCGAUUUGUUUGUUAUGCAAAAUAUUGUAGAUUUGGGUUAUGAGCCUGUGGAGAAUUCAGCGGAAUUUCUGACGCAAUCACAAAUGGAUGUGCUCCUGAAGAGCUUAGCCACCAUGCAAGCCUGCAGUAUUACCUACGAAGAGAGGAAGCAAGUGGAUAUUGGCGAGCAGCUGAAAAACGUUUUAAGGGAGAUGACAGUGUCGCCAAAGGUGGUUUUCUAUACAGCUGGAGUGAGGGCUGUCCUAGCUGUGGCGCGUGUUCACCCCGCCUUCCAAAGCGAGGCCCUACAAAAGUUCAUCUCCGACGAGCUGCCGCACCAUCUUGACAGCGUCUACGAAAUGGUUAAUCCAUCCAGCAAAUAUCGGAACGUCUUUUGCCACCGCGACCUCUGGGGCGGCAACUUGUUCUUC